AUGUCUAAAAUUCCUGUUGCCAAAAAAGGAUUCAGAUCGUGGCUCUCCACAAACGAAGGAAAACCAUCGAAAAGUGUACUUUAUGAGCAAAAGUAUCAGAUUCAUCACGAUCGUAUAAGAAACAAGGAGAACAUGUCGGAAGGGGAAGGGCAUUCUUCAAGCUUUGUUUCCAUGGUUAAUCCGCAGCCAACCGCAGCAGAUUACGAGAGGUACGACGCAGACAGAAGGCUCAAAGAGAAAGCGAGAGAUAUGCGCGUUGCACAACGUUCCGCGUCGUCAUCUGCUCGGAAUUCACUUUCAAUGACUCCAGAACCAAAAGAAUUGUCACCUAGCAGUGAUCAAUACUUCACUCCGAAACGCGAGAGCAGUAGUGGAUUAGAAGACGAAUUUGUGACACCGUCUACCUCGAAAAAAGACAGGCGGCAAAGGUCAUCCGGAAGUAGAGACGUCACACCUUUGUCGACAAAACCGCCCAGAUAUAUGUCUUCUGAAGAACACGCAUACUAUACAACAUGUCUCAGUCGGAAGAUGGAAGAGAACUUCACAAAAAUGCAUGACCUCGUUCUCAGUGGUCACACAUUAGAAGAAGCUCGCAAACAGGCUAUUGCCGAAACGACCAGCACAAAUGAUAGGAGUCCACGAUCAUCGGCACGACGAUCAUCAGUUGAAACUACAGUUAUUGUUAAUCGCAGCUCUUCUCAACCAGCUCCAAUUGAGAAAUUGAAUUCGAUUCCACUAUUCUCACGAACAUCAUCUCCAGGACCAUCUCGCUCCAAUGAUCCUCCUACCGUUCAUACAUCGUAUGUGGAUACAUUGGUGGCGACUCAUCGAAUGCACAUGCAAUAUGCGGAUCGUGUUGUUGUGUCCGUUGAAAAGCAGAUGACCAAGUUGGAAAGCAUGAAGAAUCUGGCUUCAUUGAGUCCAGCUGCAGAAGAAGUGAAGCGGAGGAGAAUGGCUGCUGAAGCCCUCAGAAAUUUGGUGGAAACGAAUGAACAACGGGAGAAGAAGCUGGAAGUGGUUCGUGAUUUGAAAGAUCGGAUUCGAAAGAUCACAGACGUUCAACUGUCUACUCAUCAAUUGGUAUCUAAUCGUCCAUUCAAAGGUGACCCAUAUAACGAAAGACUUUUGAAAUCUCUUGAUGGAUGGACCUCACUUCCUUUUCACGAAUUCGACGUUCAAACUGCACGAGAGCUGCACUUGUUGCAAAAAAAGAUGUUGACUACAAUCGAGAAAUUCAAAAAUGUGGCAUCCCUUCAUCGGAAUAACAACAGUCGCUCUUUUAACACGGGUCGAAAAAGUAUAGCUAUGAAGAAACUACGAAUAUUUUCCUCGAAAGUUAUGCUUCAGAUUAUUCCAUCUCAACAUUCUACCGAAGCCUCGUCAUCUGAACCUUCUCGUAAUCCACCAAACCAAUCAACCAGAGAAGCAGCAACACAAGUAUCAGCAAGAUUGGCGGAUGUUGCCAUGACUCAAACUAGUCCGAGAAAGGUUGGUGUCGAACCUCUCGAUCUGUCGUCGCUAGAAAAAGCAUCGCUGGAAAAACGACAUUCAUCGUCACAAACUACUCCGCCAAGACCUUCUGAAGAUGCAUCACAACAAACCGUUUUCACCGAACCAGUAGUCCAAUCAGAAGCCGCCUGUGAUGAUACGUCAAAAACGGCAGCUCUUUCAAUCACAACACCGACAAUCCUUGACAUAGACGAAAUGCUCAACAGUAUCCAACUUUAUAACGAGAGUUUAGAGACAAUCGACUCGUUUAGUCAUUUCAAGUCCGACAUCAGUUAUCCAUCAGUAUCUUCAGAACCUUCUGUAGAGACAACCCCACGAAGUGGACGAGUUUCGUUAGAUCCGGAGUCAGCGAGACGACUUUCCUCCGGAUUAUCUCAGUUGUUAGAUAAGAUUAAGAAAGAUAAUGAAUCAGUUGAAGCGAAGAUUGAACCUGAAUCAGAAGCAGAAGUAGAAGUCAAUACCGGAAAUGUGUUUUCUCAUCCUCCCCCUAUCAUCCAAGAAGAUUCCCCAUCAGCAGAGUCUGAAGUCAACUCAUCAAAUCAAUCGCCACCUACCAACGAGGAUUCCGAAGUAGAAUUGAACUUGUGUGAUCAUGAUGAUACUCAAUUCGAACAUGAAAUGGAAGAGCAAGAAGAACAGAGAAAGCUUCGCGAGAGUAUUCAGACACCAACACCUCCUAAACCAUCUGAAGAAAAUUAUGACGCAGUUGGAUACGGUCAGAGUUAUAUCGAUCCGGAAGAUGAAGAAGAUGAAACCAAGAAAUUCACCAACAACGAUGAAUUUGAGAGAAGUUUGGAGGAUGAGCAAUCGGACUCAAUGAUUCGGGAGUUCAAUGAUAGCGCUGAUGAUUCAGGAUUUCUACUUGACAACAAGCCGGCACCUCGCUUGAAAUCUAUCUUCGACAACGUCCCGACUUCUGAUCUCCGCUCUGAUACUCCACGGAUUUCCAAUGUGGCUAAUGAUUCAACAUUUAAUCAUUUGGACAUGGAAGAAUACUGCCAGAAAGACUAUCUUCCAGAGAUUGGGCCUGUUAUGAUUCACAAAGCUAUCGAACUACAAGGCGAAAUUCGUGGUCUCGAUUGGAUAUCUGCUCAGAAUGUUUGGAAACCACCAUCGUUCGAAGAUAUACAAAUGGAUUUUUACGACCAUUUCGACUAUUUCGACUCGUAUUCUGUUCUUCUGUGGGGCGCAGUUGUGGAUUUGAUCAAUGUAAACUAUUUGAAGUUUGAUAGAAAAUUGACUGAGUCAGAAGAGAGAACGUUCGAGAAAGAAGCCCUCGACAUGUUAGAAAAAGAGUUUGGUGUAGAAUCCAAGAAAAAUGAAUGGAGUAAGGAAGUGAAGAUGAGCAAGAAACUGGAAGGAAUGAUCCCAUAUGAAAUCGAUUAUCGCUACGAUAUACGGAGAGGGCUUCCGGAAACUGAACGCCAAAAAUAUCAAUGGCAACAAGUUCAAAUGACAGUGAUUGCUGAUAGAUUCCCGAAGAAGAAAUUGAGAGAUGAGCUUGACGCCGUCUACAACUCGGAAAAGGAGAAUUUGGGUGAAGUGGUCAUAUCUUCCGAACUGGAGCAAAUGCUUGAUUCACCGCAAAGAAGUAUCAAGGAGAAAAAUCCUCGAGUUUCCGAUGUUUAG